UAUGUAGAGAAGCUUUGGGCAUUACUUGCUGUAUGGCCAGGAUGCCCCUUGGACUUGGUGGAGCCAAUUAUGCCAUUAGCAUCAUCAUUGCAUGUCUGGGCAAUGGAAAAGAAGUUGGCUAUAUUUUAUGUACAGUCAUUCUUUGAUACUUUUGGUUGUCUGCCCCUUCUUCCCUGCCUUAUUCCA